AUGGCUGCUUUUUCUGUUAAAACACUGGGUCUGGGCCUUUACAAGCAAUGGGACCUGGACCUGACUUUACAUCCGCCAAUGCUAGAUUUUGGCGAACAUGCGAUUGGUAUGCCUGAAAUAGCAACGGUGCGAGUUUUCAAUCCACACCCAGAAAACACAUUGCGGAUGCUCUCUAUUUCGGGGAGCACGCCGCAUUUCCAUUGUUCGUUCUUUCAAGACAAGGUUGUUCCACCAGGAGGCAAUACAACAUUUGAAAUUGUUUUCCUGCCCCGGGUACCAGGCAAUGCUGAAAAUACAAUAUUUAUUCACACCAGCGCGGGGACCUGUCCAUAUCAGGUUUUUGGCGUUGGGGUGCCCAAUCCUUACAGAUUAAGGCCCUUCUUGGGGGCUAAGGUCCCCAUCAACACCAGCUACUCCCCUCUCAUCACCAUGCACAACCCCUACAGCUCUGGGCUCAUGGUGACAGAGAUGUAUUCCAGCGGGGGCGAGUUACAUCUAGAGUUACCCACAGGCUCACCGGACGCCCCGCAAAACCUAUGGGAGAUUCCGCCUUACACGACGCGGUCGGUCAUGAGGGCCAGCUUUACCGGACGGGUGGAGAGCAACCACACGGCGUUCAUUCGCAUCAAGACCAACCACAGCAAGCGACUCGACGAGGAGGAAAACGAAUUGCUCAUGCUGCCGGUGGAGGUGGAGGUCUCUUCAGCGCCUGGAUUAUAUUCCUCAUUAGAGAUGUUAGACUUUGGAACGUUGAGGUCGUUAGAUGCACCCAAGACACACCCUGUAUAUCUCCUAAACACAAGCCCUAAAAGUGUUCAAAUUCUGAGCAUUACGCCGAUGAGAGCCAACAACGCGCUGACGAUUGAUUUCAAGCCGUCGGUCCUCAAGCCCUCCUCGGACGCCCACACCAGGGUGGCAGAGGUCACGUUCCAUCCUCUCAAGGCCAACACCUCCCGCCUGUGGUCGGGGAAGCUCAUCGUCAAGACCAAGGACAAAAACCUCAAGCUUCAGAUACCUUACCAGGCAAACGUUUUACAAGGGACCCUGAGUAGCGACCAGCAGAGCAAACUAUUCUACCUAACCCCCAAACUAGUAGAGACAGGCGAGACGGUAGUCCGACCCGUAGCGCUUACAAACUAUUUUAACUUUACGCUGGUCAUUCAUCAAGUCAGCUUUCCGGAGGACGUCAAAAAUAUUUUUAAGGUGACUGGUUUUGAGGAAGCGGUCGUCAUCAAACCCCAGGAGACGGAUUCCUCCCUUUCCAUAGUCUUUUCCCCCAACGCGUCGACGACGUCACUGCUGACGUCCCUUCGACUGGGCAGCAACGCUUCGGUGUUCUCCAUGGGGGUCCACGUCUACACGGGCAAACUACAGUACUCUAUACACAGCGUAGAUGAUAGAACCUUUGACUUUGGAGUCAUGAGUGUUGGGGAUCAUCGCAGUAUGCUUAUCGCAUUAGUCAACCCCAAUCCCAUAGAUGUACCCAUACAAUCUUUCAGCUGCAAUCUGGAUGAUUGCGAGGCUCAGGUUCUGGGCGUGGAGCCGGGGGACAGCAAACUCCUUGCCAAACAACACGACGCCUUCAGCAUUAGGAGAAAAUCUUUGGUGAUCACCGAGCACCAUUUUGCAGUCCUUCGGCUGGAGGUCAAAGCCCCGCUCACUGAGGGACAGUUCCUGGGCGACGUGGUCAUAGAGACGCCCCACGAGCGCCUGCCCAUCUCAGCCAAGCUACGCACGGUGGAGGGAUGCCUAGGGGUCAAGCCUGAACACAUUAUCCUCAGGCCUGCCUUUCCGGGCACCACGCAGUCGGCCAGCCUGACGCUGUUGAACAAUUUCAGUCACCGCAUGAAGUUAGAAAGCAUUGUGCCGGACCCGCCGGACAAGAGGUUCUACCAUCGACUGCCCAAGAAGACGCCCGUCAUCGAGAUCGAGCCGCAUAAAAAACUGAAAGUUGGGAGAAUUGUUUUCGAUCCCAAAGCAGCCUGCGGGGAGGAGGAUUUGUGUUACGUAGGACUCUCCACCAAAUCUCUAGACGGGGAAGUGUGGCUGUCGUCAUUAGCCCUUCCGGACGAGACACAGGACGUGGAUAAGCUGUUUUACAACCACCUGCGCAACAGGUGGCAGAGCCUGGAACAAACGGGAAAAACUAUUUUUAACACUACAAUGAAAGUGAACAGCAAUCUGGUGAAGGAUAAAGAGAUACCGGUGACGGCAGUGUUGGAAUGGCCGCGACUCAUCCGCAAGGACAAGAUUGAAUUCCCCCUCACGUACAUAGAAAACUCCAGUAUAUCCGAGGUACAGAUACUCAACCCAUCAGACACCAUCAUUUUAGUUCAGCUUCUGCCCAUAGCGCUUUAUCAAGACCCCACUUCAGUACUAGAUUUUUUGACAGACAGGUUUGAUACAGAUAAGAUAGAAACAGAAGACUCUGGUGUUUUCUUCUUGGCUAACAGUACAGACAAGGAUUCAUCAGGAAAGUGCCUUAAAAAUUCUUCGUGUGGUGCGAUAGAGGACGCCUUUGGCGUGAAACCCAACAGGACCGCGCUGACGGUCGCCAUCAAGCCGCACCAGAACGUCACCGUGGCCAUCGGCUUCAAACCCAGCGACGGCCGCGAGCGAAUCUCGCUCAUACUCAUCAGGAACAAUCUGACCAUUCUGGAUGGGUUCAUGGUCAGGGGCCGGGGGGCCCGGGGCGAGCUGAGGUUCAACAGCAAGAUGCCCAGCCCCAACAGCAACUUACUCUUUGAGCUCAAACCCACGCAUCUGGAAGACUGCGAUAGAUCCUCCCCGAAAGCCAGGGUUCCCCCCAACUUUACCGUGAAGCGCUCCUUCACACUGAAAAACACCGGCCAGCUGCCGAUCCACAUUAAAAGUUUUAGCAUCAACGGGUACGACUGCAACGGCUACGGCUUCAAAGUGCUGCAGUGCAGGCCCAUGGAGCUGGUGCCCAACGAAACCAAACGAUUGGAUAUAGCUUUUACGCCGGACUUCACCAUGUCCCGCAUCACGCGCCAGCUCAAGGUCCUGACCUACAACCAGGAGGAGCUGGAGUACACCUUGAUCGCCACCCUGCCGCCCCACAUGCUGGCCGUCUGCUCGGCCGCCUUGCCCCGCCCCCAAUGGGAGCACCUCCUGUACAUCAUCUCCGUCAUCCUGAUGGGCAUCCUGUUCCUGGGCAUCCUGACGGCGUCGUACUUGGAAGCCCUGCGCCUGACCGAGCCCAUGGCGGUGCAGGUCACCUCGGAGGAGAACGGGGAAGUCAGCAAGCACAAGCGAUUCGACCUGCGCAACAUCGCCUCGGGGAUCAAGAUUGGUGGAGGAGGGGGCGGGGCCAGUGGGGGAGGAGGAGCAGCAAAGCCCAGUUCAACCAGCAGUGUUCUUUCAACCCUCGGUGAGAAGUUAUCCUUCCGACCGAAGCGUUCCUCCUCCCCCGCCACGUCAUCAAGGGGCGCCCCCGCCGCCGUGGCCAACAACACCCGGCACUCGGAGCCCAAGACCCAAUCGGAGCGGCGACUCUCCCCGGACAAGGACAAAGUCAAGGUCAACAGCUGGGCCAACGGCUACGCCAGCAACCCGGCCAAGCAGAGCAACGCGUUAAACGCCUCCAACAGCUCCACCCCGUCCCCAAGCGAGGCGGCACCGAGCCGCAAAGCCAGCAAAGGGCGGCGCCGCCCGGCCGACCCGGAAUGGAGCGGCAGCAACAGCGAUUACACCGGCAACCCCGUUAAAGAGAACAAUAACAGACACCCGAGUUACCCCUCCACCCCGUCCUUCGUUGAGGACAUCUCGCCGGCCACGGUCCAGGACCCGCCGGCCAGCGAAAACCUAGACCCAGAUACAAGCGUGCAUAAAUUAGCCCGAAACAGCAAGCGUAAAUCGAACCGACCGACUGCGACAUCAACAUCUUCAACCAAACGUGACGAACAGGACAAGAAGGCGACCGGGAGCAAGCGGAAGGAGGAGAUGAUGCGGGAGGAUCGCGACGAUUCCUCCUCCAUCUCCACCGAGUGCUCCAAUCCCGAAUCUGAGCCAUCGGACAAGAGCGGCAAACAGACUUUCCAGCCAGCUGACGGAGAGCCCACUUGGACCUCUCACAAGUCCAAGAGCAAGGCCCCGUCCUCAGGCGGCAUGGGUCUGGACGACUUCAAGUUUGAGGACGUCAAGAGCCGCAACAAGCCGCGUAAAAAUGCCAAACUGGACCCUUUCUACGGCGACGUGACCAGGCCAAGCACUUUGGAGUUACCCUACGUGCCGCACAGUGAGGCAGGCCGGCGUGUGAAGCAGAACUCCAAGGAGCCUACCUCUCCGCACUCCAUCGCUGCCAAGAUUGCCGCUAAGGCGACCAAGAAGGCAUUGAAGACGGCCAAACCCGAACAAGCGACCAAAUCGACGGACGGUGCCAGCGAGACGGCCAGCACCCCAAGCAGCGAGGUGGACAAAGACUCCCCUCCGCCUCUGUGGGAGCAGGCCAAGCCCAUGCCCAGCAGCCAGGGCCGACAGCUGCCCGUCCAGGCCAAGCAUCCGGACCAGCCAGCCACCGGCACCAACAACAACAACCAGAGGAGCAAGGGGUCCAAGAACUCCAGCUCCAAGUCCAGUCAGUUCCCGGAAUCCUCAUCCGCUGCCGCAGCGGCGGCGAAUGCCGGCGGCAGGCCAAGCAGCUACAGCAAGGCAGUGGCCGGAGCGGUGACCGGUCAGGGGUCCGAGACCACCCCACCGGCUCCCGAGGAGGGCAUCAAGAAGCCCAAACUGGUCAAGACCAAGUCCAUGCCGGAGAAGACGUCGGCGUUCACUGCCGUGGGUGACAACACUGGCCAUCCAGGAACUAUUGGCAGCAAGGGAAUGUCCCAGAAGACCAAGACCUGGCCCUGGCCCGGCCAGCCCGGCCAGCCGGAGGUGUUCGACAGUACCUCUGACACGAGCAGCACUGCAUCCACCGGUCCCAGCAGCCCUGGUAUGUUCAGCAUGCCCAGUGCCCCCCAACCGGAGAUCAAGAAACCCAUGUCUGCUGACAGCUACUCCAACGCAUCCUCCAAGUUCCCGUUCGCCAACCAAGGCAACAAUUUCCCCUCCAACUUGUGGGACAACAACAUGAGGGAGCCACGCAUGGACCUACCGCCACCGCCUCCCAUGUCCAGCUACAAUCACCCCAGGGAGGCUCAGCAGCCUAGGGCCCAGACCAUCAAGGGUACCAUCGGGGACUGGCUGGGCGUCGGUGCCGUGGGUAUGCCCAGCACCAGCAACAGCCUGUGGCAGCACGCACCAUCCUACAACGACGCUGGCUGGUCUACCGAGACUGGCUCCCCACGAUCACCGGCACAAGCGACCAAUUUCUACCCGGCUACCAGCAACCCCUGGAGCUUUGAGGAACUGCCCAUGCCCCCCUCGGUGGCCCCCCAGUCGCCCACCUCCAGCUGGAACAGCAGCAGUGAGCUGUUCCCGUCCUCCAUCUGGAGCAACCCCAGCAGCACCAACACCUCCCUGCUGGACACCACCCCGCCCAUCAUGACCACCCAGGAGUCACAGUUUUCCCCAUUCAGCAGUUUCCGCAGCCUGUGGGGCAACACCUUCUCAGGGGUGGGCAACGGCGGAUCCUCCUGGAGUACCGGACACAACGACCAUAAACAGUAAAUUCUACCUGAAAUAAAUGUACAGCCAUCACCAUAUAACAUAGUGAAAUAUAGGGCAUUGCAGCGGCAGUUUUUAUAGUGAACUCAAAACGCAGUUUAAUAAAUUGUGAUCCAGGGGCAUACUUUUUAACUCAUUAUUUUUCUAAUUGAACCAGGCCAUCCAACCUGUGAGCAUUUUGUGAUGUGAUCAGUGACAAAAAAAACAACUGAGCAACUUACACUGAAAUGUAUGAAAUGUAUUGUAAAACAAAACGUUUACACUUUUUGGAGGCAUGUUGACAUUUUUUAAAGAUAAUUAUUCAUAAACUACAAGAUGUUGGAGGUAUUAUGGUAAAAACGGCAAUGAAAAUAAAGCUCAAGUGAAGAAAAAGCAGCCAUUUACAUACAACUCUAUACAAACUGUUCAAAAACUGUCCACACAGUACAUAAGUCUAUGGCAGUCUUGUAGACCCAAUUGCGUUAUUGUACAUCUUUGUGCAUGCAGUGCUAUUGUGUUGACCAUAUCUCAGUGACUUGCGUGUGGACAAACUUGUUUUUGACCAUCGUCUGAAAAAGUGUCAUUUUUUUUUGAACCACUCUGUAUUGACUAACUUGAAAUCAUAAAAGAAAGAAAUCAUCAUUUGUAAUUUUUUGAGUUUCAUCUGUAGAUUUUUUAACAAGUGCAAAUUCUAUGAAAACACCUGCUUUACAUGAACUUCUGUAGCGGGCUAUUCCAAAUUUUUUAAAGCAGUUUUUAUCAGAAUCAUUCAACGAUCCUCCCAUAUCUAUUUUUGAUAACUGAUUCGAAGCCAAGUCUCGGAAUUCCAUUCCCAUGUCCCAUCAGAUGGCAAUUGGCCAAUUUUAACAAUACAAAUGAAACAAAAAAAUGUUUUUCCCUAAUGUAUACAAUUGAAUGGUCAUUUUAAAAGAUUUUUAACUGUAAAAUAAGAAUUCCUUACAUUUCAUGACUGAAUAUUUUGAGUGGUUUUGGUCACAGUAAAAACUGUCGCUGCAAUGGAACUAUGAAAUUUGACACAGAAGACUGUAAAACUCCCUUAGUCAGCUGUGGAAACAGUUGGAAACUAUUUUGAAACUAAUUAUUCAUACAAAUUUUAAUUAUUCAUUAACCCUAACCCCCUCGAGUGAUUUACUAGGAACCUUCCUCACUCUUGC